AUGGUGGGAGACAAAGCAAGAGGGGAGAUGAACGCUUUUCAGAGAAACGAAUCCAAGGAAACUUUGUUCACUUUUAUUUCUGCAGGAGAUGAUCCCCCCAAAGGAGAUUUCCCUGUUCAGAAAAAAUCCCCGAAACUCUGUGGCUCCAACUACCCCCUAAGCAUUGCCUUCAUCGUGGUGAACGAGUUCUGCGAGCGUUUCUCCUACUAUGGCAUGAGAGCUGUCCUGACACUGUAUUUCUUAAGCUUCUUCCACUGGGAUGAGAAUCUCUCUACUGCUGUGUACCAUGCCUUUUCCGCGCUAUGCUAUUUCACACCUGUCAUUGGAGCCAUCAUGGCAGACUCAUGGCUGGGGAAAUACAAGACGAUCAUCUACCUGUCCAUUGUGUAUGUGGUUGGCCAUCUGAUAAAGUCAGUCGGUGCAAUUCCAUCCCUAGGCAACCAGGUGGUUCACGUGAUCCUGUCUAUGGUUGGUCUGUUUUUGAUCGCCCUUGGAACGGGAGGUAUCAAGCCCUGUGUCUCUGCAUUUGGUGGGGACCAGUUUGAAGAGGAGCAUACCUCGGAGAGAAGCAAGUUUUUUUCCAUCUUCUAUUUAUCCAUUAAUGCUGGAAGUUUGAUCUCCACGUUUGUAACUCCUGUAUUAAGAGGGGAUGUGAAGUGUUUUGGAGAGGAUUGUUAUGCACUGGCUUUUGGUGUCCCAGCAGCUCUGAUGGUGUUGGCGCUUGUUGUGUUCAUUGCUGGAAGUGGACUGUACAGAAAAACACCACCACAAGGGAACGUCUUACUGGAAGUGUGCAAAUGCAUUGGCUUUGCUAUUAAAAACCGUCUGAAAAACCGCUCCCGUCAGAUUCCAAAGAGAGAUCACUGGCUGGACUGGGCGUCAGAAAAAUACUCCAAACAGCUGAUUGGGGAGGUUAAAAUGGUGACGCGUGUUCUCUUCCUCUUCAUACCACUGCCAAUGUUCUGGGCCCUGUUUGAUCAGCAGGGAUCCAGGUGGACUUUGCAAGCCACAAAAAUGAAUGCUGAUUUUGGAAUAUAUGUCCUUCAGCCUGACCAAAUGCAGUUCUUAAAUCCACUUCUUAUUCUUGUCUUCAUCCCAAUUUUUGACCUUGGGCUCUACCCCCUGAUAAACAUGUGCAAAUUUAAUUUCACACCUAUUAGGAAAAUGGCAACAGGUAUGAUCCUUGCAGGAAUGGCGUUUGGACUUGCAGCUGUUGUAGAACUCAAAAUAAAUGAAACCGAUAUGCCUCAACUUGUCCCAGAAGAAAGUUUAAUUCGGGUCCUGAAUUUGGCAAAGAACCCUGUUCAAGUGACAAUCCAAGACCGGGACCUAUUUCAGCAGCCUGUGGAGGCUUUUCAGAACCCAGCUGAGUACUCAAAAUUAAUAUUGAAUGGAGAGCAACAGAGCCUUCGCUUCACCCUGCAACAUCAAGGAUUGUCUCUUGCUUUUAACUACACUGUGAAGGAAAAAUCAGUAUACAGCUUAAUUGUUUUUGAGGUGGAAGGAAGCCUAUCAAGCCGCUUAAUUACAGACUUGGAAGCAAAGCCAGAAAACGGUUUGGCAGCUGUUAGAUUCAUUAAUGGUUUGAGCCAAGAUGUCAACGUCAGCAUUGACAGCAAACGGUUCAUUGCUGUUCAGAAAAACUACAGCGCUUCUGAGUACUCACUGCUAGAGAGGGACAAAUAUAAUAAUGGAAAAUGCAUAACUGAAAUGGGAGAAUUCACCCUGGAGCUAGGGCUGCUCGACUUCGGUGCGUCAUACACCAUUGUGAUAACUAACGUUUCUGGAGGUGAUGUUAAGACAUGGAAGUCGGAAGACAUCAAAGCCAACAAUGUCCAUAUGGCUUGGCAGUUACCACAAUACUUAUUAAUAUCUGCUGGGGAGGUGAUGUUCUCCAUUACAGGUCUGGCCUUCUCCUAUUCUCAGUCUCCAGCCAGCAUGAAGUCGGUGCUACAGGCAGGCUGGCUGCUCACAGUGGCUGUUGGGAAUACCCUUGUGCUCGUUGUUGCACAGGCUGCACCAAUGGCACAGUGGGCUGAAUUUGUCUUGUUCACUGUUCUCCUCUUUGCUGUGUGCAUUAUUUUCUCCAUCAUGGGAUAUUUCUAUGUCAGUGUGGAUCCAGAGGACCUAGAAGAAAAGGAAGAGAAGAGAGAGACCUCAAGCAGAGGAAACAUGAUUAGUCUCGUUACUCAGAAAACAAAGCUCUAA